GUUGGGUUUCAAAGUACCAGAGAGAGGAGGAAGAUUGAAGAAAGUAUAACAAAAUAAGAACAAAGAAGAAAAUAAUUGUGUUUAAGUUAUUGUUUGUGUUAGAGGAUAGCGCAGUGUUGAUUGGUUUACUAUUCUGAAGUGGAAAAGAAGUAGUUGGGAGUUUGAGAGAGAAAAAGAUUGUGACCCUUCUCUUCACUCUUCGGUGAGAGGUGAGAGAGAACCAGAGAAUUUGAGGCUUUUUGUUGGCUCUUUUUUCUAGAGAGAGAGAGGAUCUUUUUCUAGAGAGAGGAUGUAUGUUGUGGAGGACAAAGGGGGAGCAAUUGCUCUCAUGUUUGCUGCUCUGUUUUUCUUGGGUACAUGGCCUUUUGUGUUGGCCUUGUUAGAGAGAAGGGGGAGAUUACCCCAACACACGUACCUUGAUUACUCAAUAACCAAUCUCUUGGCAGCCAUUAUCAUUGCUUUCACUUUUGGUGAGAUUGGUAGAAGUAAACCUGGAGAGCCCAAUUUCUUAACUCAACUUUCACAGGACAAUUGGCCUUCUGUUUGCUUCGCAAUGGCUGGUGGUUUAGUUCUCAGUAUUGGGAACCUUUCUACUCAAUAUGCUUGGGCCUACGUUGGUCUUUCGGUUACAGAAGUGGUUUCGAGCUGCAUUACAGUGGUUGUCGGAACAACAAUGAACUACUUCUUAGACGACCGCAUCAAUAGAGCUGAGAUCCUUUUCCCAGGAGUUGGGUGUUUUGUUAUCGCUGUUUGUCUUGGAUCAGCUGUCCACUCAUCCAAUAAAGCUGAUAUUGAAGCAAAGCUUAGUAUUAUGGAUAAAGAAAAGACAAGGAUUGCAAAUUCAGAAACCACAAAAGAUCUUCAAAGCACAGCUCUUGAUUUGGAGAACGAAAAAAAUGAGGCGGUAAUCCCUUUUUCUGAAAAUAAAGCAAAGGCAGGAACUGCAGAGUUUUUCAUGGCACUUGAGAAGAGAAGGUCAAUCAAGGUAGUGGGUACCAGCACCAUGUUUGGGAUGUGUAUUGUCUUUAUGGCAGGCAUUUGUUUCUCGCUCUUUUCUCCUGCUGUCAAUUUGGCUACAAAUGACCAAUGGCACACAUUGAAAACCGGGGUCCCUCAUUUGGUUGUAUACACUGCAUUUUUCUACUUUUCCAUCUCUUGUUUCGUUCUUGCGAUCAUUCUAAAUGUCACAUUCCUAUAUUGGCCCAUUCUUGGACUACCAAAGUCAUCUCUCACUGCUUAUGCAAAGGAUUGGAAGGGAAGACAAUGGGCUCUUUUAGCAGGAUUUUUGUGUGGUUUUGGAAAUGGUUUUCAAUUCAUGGGUGGCCAAGCAGCUGGAUAUGCAGCUGCUGAUGCAGUUCAGGCACUUCCCCUGGUAAGCACCUUUUGGGGAAUAUUAUUUUUUGGGGAGUUCAGGAAAUCAUCAAGGAGGACUUAUAUCUUGCUUGUAGCCAUGUUGUUCAUGUUUGCCGCAGCAGUGGGUGUGCUCAUGGCCUCAUCUGGUCACAGGAAGACAUAAGUGCUACAAUCAUGAUAAACUUUAUAUUUUCAAAUAAAUGGAAAUAUUGGUGUGUUCGGGGGAUAUGUAGUCCUUGACGGCAUAACAGGGAAAGCUGGACUGUUCAGUUGUUUCAAGAUUGAUUUAAAAAAUCCACACAAGGAAGAGAAAUGUAAAUAUCAUGCAAAAUUAGUCACAGUAA